GUCGUGUUGCAGUAGCGAUUUACGAUCAACGCACGAUAACUCUCGAUUUCUUGACGAUAGUUUGUUGUAGGACGGACGCGCCAGGUGCCAUUUAGUGAAGACUUGUGCAAUUUCAUUGUAUUUCGUCUAUUGUUCUCGCCUGAGGUGCCAUUUAAAGCUGUGUGCUUAGGGAAUGGCAGUGAGAGGAAGGGUGUCUGCAGAAUGGAAGAAACGAGUCAAGUCCGAAUACACUCGCCUCAGAUCCCUGAAAAGAUUCAAACGUGCAGAUGAAAUUAAGGCCGCCUGGAAUGACAACAGAGAAAAGCUUAAUAAACUUCUGGAAUCUGAGGACCAGUCAGUUGUUGGAAUGGGAGCUGUGUGGGUUUGUUCAGUUGAAGCUCCACCACACCAAGCUGUAAUGAGACGUACCCAUGUUACCUCUUCAUGCAGUGAGCCUCUCUGUGUUCCUAUCAAAACAAUAAAUGCAGUCAACCCCAUACCUACCAUGUACACAUGGGCACCACUUCAACAGAACUUUAUGGUGGAGGAUGAAACUGAACUACACAACAUUCCAUAUAUGGGUGAUGAAGUUUUGGAUCAAGAUGGCAAGUUCAUAGAGGAGCUUAUUCGCAACUACGAUGGCAAAGUUCAUGGUGACCGGGAAACAGGAUUCAUUGAUGAUGAAAUUUUUGUUGACUCGUUGAUACCUUAG